AUGAAGAAGUACGAAGUUAUACGAGCUGGUGAGCUACGAGGAAGGAGAAAGAAGGAACGAGAGGCUGAAGAAGAGGAAUUGAGGAAGCUAAAAGAGAAACAAGAGCGUCGACGAAUAGAGCGUGAACAGGAGGAGUUGGAGCAGGCUGAAAAGAAACGGAAGGAUGAGGAACGCCGAAAAGAGGAGGAGACCUCAUUUGUUUCCUUUCGUCUUUUUGGAAGUGCCCGCCGUGCUCGACAGGAAGAGGAGAAGAGAAAGAAGGAAGAGGAAAAGAGUAAACGUCAGCAAAUGAGCGGUGCCAGCUUUGUAGCAGCACAAGGUGGAAGAAAUUUCAUCAUUCCAACAAAGACCGAGAAAAACGACAAGUUCGGUAAUAUUGUGCAAAGCAAAGGAGGAAUGGGUAUGACAAAAGAGCAACAGGAGGAAGCGAAGAAGGCCUUCAUGAUCGGAAUUCGUCAGUCGAUCCCGGAAGCGUCCGCAAUUUCAGCGUCUGACCUGAAAGCAAAAAUCAAAGAACUUCAUCAGAGAAUCUGCAAACUCGAAACGGACAAGUACGACUUGGAGAAACGUCAUGAGCGACAGGAGUACGAUCUGAAAGAACUGAAUGAACGAUCGCGACAAGUGGCGAGAAAUGCUAGCGGUGGCAAAAAGGGC